ACAUUUACGCAUAGUGCUGAGUAGUGUGAGCUGAGGUUUGUGUUAGCAAAGCAGUACAAACUCUCCAUCAGGGCUUUUCCUGUUAAUAUUGCGAUUUCAAGAGUUCGUUUUCGUGCCGAACAACUAAAACGGAGUAGUUGAAUGUUAAUGACAAGUAAACUCGAAAAGUGAAAACAUGGAGUCUUAGCAACGGCUAAAUGCCGCUGAAUAGCCCUGUAUUACACAGACUUUUAGGAUUUUACGUCUCCACAUUAGUCCCAUAGUACAGAGGAGGCUUGCAGCCAUGGCAGGCAAGGGUCGUGGAGUAGCUGCCUUUACAUUCAACAUUGAGGCUCUGGGCAUCGGCAGGGGCAGCAUGCCAGAAGCCAGGGUGGGGCCCACUCCGCUGUUUCCAAACACAGACUUUAAGCCAGUGCCGCUGAAAGCUGGCGAGGAUGAGGACUACAUGCUGGCCUUAAAACAGGAGAUGAGGGGGACGAUGCAGCGGCUACCACACAACAUCAAGCCUCAGACCAAUAAAGCAGAAGUGGAGAAAUACACAGAGAGAUACCUGAAGCAAAGCCAGAUGGAUGAUGAGGAAUGGACUCCAGACUGGAACCUCUUCCCAAAAGAAUUGAUGCCCCAGAAGAAAAAACCUCAUGCCAAACCAGGCAUAAAGAAGAAACCCGUGAAGAUAUCACGAAAAGAAACAGAGGCUAUACUGAGCAAAUUAGAAGAACUGGCAAAGAAAGAUGAUGGGAACCCUGAAAAAUCAGAUGAUGAGACCGAAAAGAAAACAGGGAAUAAGGAUGAAGAGGAAGAAAUUGAAGCAGAAGAAUAUGAAGAAGAGGAUAUUGAAGAGGACAACGAUUACAUUGAAAGCUAUUUUGACAAUGGUGAAGACUUUGCUCCAGACAGUGAUGAAAAUAUGGAUGGCGAAGCAACAUACUGAGACAGUGUGACUCAUCCAAGCAAACAAUCACUAUGUGAUCGUGUCUGUUGGUUAUUAUUGGAGAUAAGCUGGAAAUAAUGUUUAGCAGAGUAAUGGUUGUUUGCGUUG